AUGAUUGAUGAAUGACAACAAGUUUGCUAUCGAUAUUCUUUGGUUGAAUAAAACAGCUCAAGCAAGUAAUGGCUUGAAACAUGGAGACUAUCGUCGUUAUCAUUUGUAUUGCACUAGAAAGUUACAUCGUUUGAGAAAGGCUUUGAAAUGGACUCAAGGAAGAGGAAGAUUUGUGAAACGAAAGAUAGGAGAAGAGGAAGUUGUUUCAAAAGGUGGUGGAAGAAGUGACGUUCGAUUCUUAUGGUUAGUGCUUUUACAAGCUGAAAGGGCCUGGAGUCACGGAAUGGAGUUGAAGGAAGAAGCUGCUUUACUACAAAACAGUAAGAAGAGGAUGUCUACGAGAAGAAAACGUCGUUGGCCACUUAGGAAAUGGACAAAAGCUGCUUUAUGGGCAAGGCACUUGGAAAGACUUUGUUCAUCAAUAGGAGCUCCAACGAAAACUAUUUUAGAAGCUCAAGCUUAUGCUCAGCUAAUGGCAGGUAACGCACUGUUGGAAAGGAAACAAUGGAAAGCUUCACAAGAAUCAUUCCAAAGAGCUUAUUAUAUUUUGGAAAAGUUGGAACAAACAAAAGGCACAAGUGCACAACAAAGGCAUAUCUAUCGACAAUAUAUUCAAGAAAUGGAGCCUUCUGUUCGUUAUUGUCGUUAUCAAUUGACUAAACUACAGUUGGAAGAAAACUCUGAUAACCAAGCUUUAUUUGUAGCUGAAUUGGAAGGUCAGUUGAAUCGAUUGGAAUCCGAAUUACAAGCCAAGGAAAAUGGAGCUUCAAUAUUAUCUGUAGAAUGGCGUGGGACAAGGAUUCCAAUAGCCAAUCGACGUAUCCAACAAUGUCUUCAAAGGAUAGUCGAACAAGAAAAUGAUAGAGAUGAAAAUGAUAUAACAAAGUUGGAAAAGAUCAUUUCAUUGUAUAUGCAAUGUAUCCGAUUAGUUUCCAAGGAAUGGGAACAAUUGACUAUAACGGAAAUGGAUAAGCAAAUAGGAGAAGAAUUUGCCAUGCUGAAAGCUUACUUUGUAAGUAAUCGAGUUCAACUUGCUUUAAGAAGGAACGUGUUGAUUUGGAAUAAUCUUGAAAGCAAUCAUGUAGUUUCCUGGAGGCAACGCAUUCGUCUAGUUGAACAUUGUAUCAAACUAUGUGAAGAGAUUUUACAACUAAAGGACUUUCAGAAUGAUGCAGAAAGUAACAAGUAUUGGUCACAAAGAAAACAAUUCUUUCGAGCUUAUCGAUGUUUCUAUUUGGCAAGUUAUUUAUCCAGUCGUCAUAUGUGGACCGAAUCUUAUCUCUCAAGUAAGAAAGCCUUGGAAGAUUUGAAACAAAUAUCAAAAGAAGAUCUAAGAGAUAAUUGGAUUCAGGAACAUAUCGAUUCAUUGCAAGAAAAAAUAACUCGUCAGGCUUGUUUAUCAAAAGCUUAUGCAUUUCUCGACGAAAUCCGAUUGGCAGAUAAAUGGAAUGAGCUAAAGUUGGAUGAUUCAACUUGUUCAGUUUCUUUCAAUGCACCUCUUAUCAAUAGACUGCACGAGAUUGUCCUUCCCAAUUCCUUUGAAAGAUUAGCAAAGGAUUGGAAGAUGAUUGACUUGCAACCAAGUUUUAUGAAAGUUCCUUGCAAGCCAUUUCUGUUCGACAUAGCAUCUGAAGAACUUUCAUUUCCAGAUAUGUCUUUGUUUGUAAAUGAAGGAAACAAGUCUGUUGAGGAUACCAAUGCCAAAAAAGGAUUACUUGGUAGAGCUGUAAGUUGGUUUUCUGGAAAGAAAUAGUUGUAUCGGAACAUUUCUUGAUAUGAUGCUGAAUAGCGUCAAGAGAGACCCAAAUAAGGUGCCAAUUGUAAUCCAAAUUGUCUAGUAAAAGCAUGAAAAGUUUCCUCUGUCACCUGACUGUGAUAUUU